GUCGAUCGUAUAGGUUGUCAUUAGCAUCUAGCUCACUCAGUGCCUUUUCUUGUUAUCCUUUGACGGCCUCAAAUAUCCCGUCAAAUCAGGACUUGAGAAACUACAUUCCCCCAUCUCCAUCUGUUCAACUUCCUGGAGUAUUGAGAUGUCUUUGAACAGCGUUGUUCAGCAUAGCGCAACUGUCUUGAGCCAUCUUUCAUCCUGAGAUAACGCCUGCAUGCUCAUUUAGUCACUGGCUAGCAUUCUUUCUAAACCCUAGUCAUGGCCUCUACUGGUCAAUUACCGGACACACAAAGCCUGGUUGCCCUAGUCAAGACAUUGACCAACGCGCAGCUCAAGGAUAUCCUCAGGAACGAAGGGCUUGCUGUCUCAGGAGUGAAAGCUUCAUUGCAGCUACGGAUCAUUGACUACAUUGAGAGACUCAACCAAGGAGGCCAUGUUGAACAGUAUGAUGACCUGAGGAAAUUCAUCUAUGCCACGGCACGUCGGCCAAUGCCUACGUCUCCAACCACGCAAGCAUUCUCCAGCCAACACUAUCAACCACAUACUGUCAAUCAACCUUUGCUCACGCAGCAUAGACCAUCACCUUUGAGCAUACCAAUGCCAUCGCAUGGACACACAUCUGGUCGUUUAACUUUCAAAGACAGCCCAUUCUAUACCAUCAUAGAGCCAUUGACUUCUGCCUCGGAAUGCAAAGUACGCGAACAAACUAGGGACAGUGUGGAACUCAAAGUUAUUCUUACACCAACCGUAGCGACUAGGCUACAGGCGGAUCCCAAUAUUCGGGUGAUGGUGUAUUGUGCUGCAGACACGGGUCUUAAUCAGUAUACCAAAUCUGACAUCGCAUUUCCUCACCAAGUUGAACUAAAAGCCAACCUGGAUGAAGUGAAAGCCAACCUAAGGGGCUUGAAAAAUAAACCCGGUACAACAAGGCCAGCAGAUGUAACACAAUAUAUUCGCAAGAAACCAGGCUACCCGAAUAAUAUUGUCAUGACAUACGCCCUUACGCAAAAGCGCUUUUUUGUUUUGGUCAAUCUUGUCCAGCGACAUCCGGUCGAAGAGCUUGUUGCCGAAUUGAAACGGAGAAAGACAAUUUCGAAGGAGCAGGUCUUGCGAGAAAUGAGGAAUAAAGCUGGUGAUUCAGAUAUUGUCGCCACGUCCAGUGUUAUGUCGCUCAAGUGCCCUUUAUCAACGCUCCGAAUAGAGGUUCCCUGUCGUUCUGUAAUUUGCACGCACAAUCAAUGUUUCGAUGCAUCCUCGUUUUUGCAACUCCAGGAACAGGCCCCAACUUGGUCGUGUCCUGUCUGUUCUAAAGCGACGAGUUUUGAAUCGUUGCAGAUUGACCAGUACGUCGAUGAUAUACUUCGUUCAACUUCUCUUGAUGUCGAACAAGUUAUCAUAGAGCCAGAUGGUCAAUGGUCUAGCCCCAACCAGGCAGACUCUGCCAAAGUGGGCGGAUUUACUCCGGCGACAGAUGAUGACGAUGAGUUGAUCGAAAUACGGGAACCCGGGGUUACGCCUAUCAAGCGAGAGUCAUUCCCACCUACAUCUCUCUACGUACACCAAACACCUACUCAGUCCCGAGAACCCUCAGCAACGUCAUCUGCAGCUUAUUUGUCGACAAACAAGCGUAAUGCUGCCCAGGUGAUCGACCUUACAGGAAGUGAUGAGGAGGAUGACACUCCGGUCAGACCUGUAAAGCGGCCAGCGUUUAAUCAGAUGAACCGGCCCUCGUCUCAGCAGGAUUUUUGCAACCCUUACAGCGGUGGCUAUGUUGACGGAGACAUCCAAGUACCCAGCCAGCCUAGUUCUGAUUUUCUUAGUCAUGCCGGUGGUUAUGAUGCACGCAGUUAUUGAAGCAUACUUGCAUGGUGUUGGGCGCAUUCGGUUUCAUGGGUAUAUCCACUACGCGAAUUCAUUGGGAGCAUUGGACAAAGCAUAAUAGGGAAACAAUGUUCUUUCAACUUCGAUGGCCAACGAACAUUUAGAUCCAAUAUUCGUUUCAC